AUGUUACAGUACAAUGACAGAGUACCAAUACGCCAAGGAACCAUUGACGCUAUAGAAGCGGGCUGUAGACAUAUAGAUACUGCUUUCGCAUACCUCACCGAGGACAUGGUUGGCGAGGCGAUAGUUGACGUUAUCAAACGAGGCAUCGUGAAGAGAGAAGAUAUUUAUGUGACUACUAAGUUAUCAUUUGAAGUUUCGAAUCGGAAACUGGUCGUGCCAACUAUGAAAAAGGCUUUAAAGAGGCUUCAGUUAAAAUAUGUCGAUCUGGUGCUUAUCCAUACACCGGUUAAUGUGCUGGGACAAAAGAGUUACGAUUAUUUGGAAAUAUGGAAGGGUCUCGAAGAUGCUAAGCGCAUGGGUUUGACGAGAUCAAUCGGAGUCUCCAAUUUCAAUAGAACACAACUGGACGAGAUCUUAGCCAACUCAAAAACAAUGCCUGCUGUUCAUCAGAUUGAGGUGAACCCUACAUUCGUGAAUCAGGAGUUGGUAGCUUACUCCCAAAGCAAAAACAUCACUGUAGCAGGCUAUUCAUCUUUUGGUUUUCUCGUUAAAAGGGUUUUCAACGAUUUAUCAGUACCACCAACUUUCGAGGACCCCAAAUUGGUGAGAAUGGCCAAGAAGCAUGGCGUGACCGUCAGUCAGAUUGUGCAGCGGUACUUGGCAGGAUAUAGAUGUAUAGACACCGCAUUUGGCUACCUCACCGAAGACAUGGUCGGCGAGGCGAUGGCUGACGUCAUCAGACGAGGCAUCGUGAAGCGGACGGAUAUAUUUGUAAAUACUAAGCUAUCAUUCCAAUACGGUACUUGUAGUGAGGUAGUUCCAGCUGUUAAAAAAUCAUUAAAAAGGAUGAAGAUAGAUUACGUGGACCUAAUCCUUAUCCAUACACCGCGCAAUGUGAUGGGAGUGGAGAAUUACGACACCUUUGAAAUAUGGAAAGGCCUCGAGGAAGCCAAGCGGUUGGGACUGACGAGAUCAAUCGGUGUUUCAAAUUUCAACAGUACAGAUAUGGCCAGGAUCUUAGCUAACUCAAAAACCCUACCGGCCGUCAACCAGAUUGAGACAAACCCCACUUUCGCGAAUCAGGAGUUAGUGGCUUACUGCCAAAGCAAGAGCAUCGUUGUAAUGGGCUACUCGUCGUUCGGUUUCCUCGUGCCAAGACCGUUCAACGAUUUAUCAUUGCCACCAUCCUUUGAAGAUCCCACAUUAGUGGGAAUGGCUGAGAAGUACGGUGUUACCGUCAGUCAGGUUGUCCAGCGCUAUUUGUAUUCAAAGUCUGAAAUCCUUAGCUAA